AGUUCGUCGUUCAAGCUUCUCAGCUAUACUCAUAUCGCAACUCCUCAAUACACUCGCUUGUCUACACAAUUUCAAGUACAAUCUCAAAAUUUCAACAAAGCACUAUACAAAAUGCUUUUCCCAACAUCAACCGUCUUUGCAGCUCUCUCCCUUGCCAGUGGAGUAUUUGGAUCCACUAUCUUCGAGUUCACUUGCAACAACGUAGCCAGACAUAUAACCGGCUUGUCCUACCCAAACCCUCGAUGCUGCGCAGAUGUCACUGUUGGACGUGGUGGAACUGAAAUAGGUACCAAUUGUAAGCAAUUCUGAUAUCUUCAUCAAACUCAUGGAAUAUCAAAUACUGACGUGGACGAUCACUUAGGUACUACUGCAGAUGUAUCGGCAUCCUCGACUUGCGGAGCACCAGUAACAUAUGACUGUGCGAAUGCAACCUUGAGCGGUUAUGGCGAUGGAACUUGUUGCAGCGAAGUAAGUGAAUCUUUGAGCUUUUUGUACUUGAGGUUUGGUUUGGUACUGACUUUCACGUCUAGGAGGUCACUGCCACUUCUGAGUAUUGCUUUUCGACCCGCUUUAGUUAGAGAGAGAGUAAUUGAGAAGUGGAUACGGAAGACAGUCCCCUCUCUUGGAAGGUGGCUUGGAGGGUU